UUCUUUGAGAUACGACAUGGUUUAUUUCCUCGCUCAACGACGCUAUAUUAUUCAAUAUUCAUCAUAUUUUAUGAUUUAUAUAAUAACAUCUUCGUCAAUUAUAAAAACAGUACAACUUUGAAUAAAAUUGGUCCUUGUUAGCUGUUGAGAGUAUCCAAAAUAAAUAUUAUAUUUUUGCAAAUAGAUUAAUUACCUACUUUAAACUAGUUCUGUUUCUACACAAGAACUCUUAGUUUUUUUAUGUAAAGUGAAUUGGAAUAUAUUUAAAACUCGAUUGUUCAACCAAAAAUAUAUCAAAAUGGUGGACAAUUUGGAACCUCUGAACACUGAUGGUGGUCGUACAGUAAAAAUUGAUGUUCGCUACAGUGCUAUGUGUGAUGAAAAAAUUGCCGUCUCUGAAAGUUUGGCAGCCAACAGUAAACUACCAGAAGCAUUGGAUACAUUACUCAUGCUUGAAAAACAAACUAGAAAUGGAUCUGAUAUAGCUUCAACUAGUCGACUUUUGGUGGCUAUUGUAAAACUAUGUUUUCAAGCUAAAGAAUGGGCAUUACUUAAUGAACAUAUUUUUCUUUUAAAAAAUAGAAAAUCACAGUUGGAACUUGCAGUUGGAACUAUGGUCAGAGAAUGUUAUACAUUCAUUGACCAAAUGCCGGACAAAAUAACAAAAUUGAGUUUAUUGAAUCUCUUAUAGUCGUUACUGAAGGAAAGAUAUCUAUGGAAUUGGAUAGAGCUCUACUCACACAAAAGUUGGCUCAAAUUAAAGAAGAUAAAGGUGAUGUAACUGGUGCUGAAAGUAUCUCUCAAGAAUUGCAAGUCGAGGCUUA